AAGCGGGGGGGCGGGGGGCAGGAAGCUGCCUGCAGGCUGGGAGUGGCCCGACGUAUAUAAAAGACCAGGCUUCUUCCUCCUCCGUGCAUUUCACUUCUCUCUGCACUCCUUCCCUCAUCCAGCGAGACUCCACCUGCACAGCCAAGAUGUCGUGGCAGUCGUACAUUGAUACCUUGCUAGCGGCGGACGGCAGCGGCACGGCCCCCGUGGCCCAAGCCGCCAUCUGUGGCGUCAGCUCCGGCCAGGAGAGCGUCUGGGCCGCAUCGCCCGGCUUCACUGUCUCGGUGGAUGAGAUAAAGAAGUUGGCUGGAGACCGGAGUAACUUUGGACAGACUGGGGUCGUCAUCGGGGGACAGAAAUGCCGGAUGCUCCGAGACCAGAUGGACACGGAGGAAGUGUACGCCCUGCAGCUGAAGACAGCGGCAGACGCUGAAGGCAACUCAUACAACGUCUGCGUGGGACGGAGCGCGACAGCUAUAGUCAUAGCUAAAGGCACUAAAGACGCCAACGGGGGACAAGUGUCCAGCAAGGUCUAUGGUGUUGUCACACACCUGCGAAAGUCUGCAAUGUAAGACAGGAUGGACGCCCCCACCACAUCGUCUCCAGAGGUCCUUCAGUAGUUUGUUUUUAUUCUCCAGUGUUUGACAUCGUUAGCCUGCUAGCAGAAUUACCCGAGUCCUUCCACCUCCCAAUAAACCCAGUGUGUUAAACAUGUGGUGUUUCUCCUUCUUCUCGUUUUCUGAAGACGUUCGCGUACGGCCGCGGUAAUUCUGCUACGAGGCAGGGAACCAGUGUUACAUGUUCGACCAGUGUCCAAUCACAAAGUCACAAUAAAAGGUUUAUUCUGUCAA